GAAGCAUAUAAGCUUCCUUCCAUGGCGCUCUUCCCAACAACAAUCCGCCAUCUUCUCACCCACCUUCACCGCCCACCACCCCCGGCCGCAAUAGCUCUGCUUCUCCCUCUCCUCUCCAACAACCUCACUUCCCCGAAACUCUCUCCCCUCCUCCCUCCCUCUCUCAAACUCUCCUCCAAAGCAAAUCCCCAUCUCUCUCCCAGAGGCCACGCUUUGGUCCUCAAUCAGGACGACCGGCUGUCCGCCCACGUGUCGGCCGCUGAGAGCGCCACCACCAUCGCCGCCAUCGUGACCCCCACCGGAGGUCCCCCCGGCGCCGUGGGGAUCGUGCGGUUGUCGGGCCCCUCCGCGGUGGCCAUCGUCGGACGCGUGUUCGUCCCGGCGAAGCGAAAGAAGCGGAGGAGCGGCUUUCGUCCAUGGCGGCCCACCUCCCACGUCGUCGAGUACGGCGUUGUCGUCGACUCUCACGGCAAUGUCGUCGAUGAGGUUUUAGCUGUACCAAUGUUGUCUCCGAGGUCUUAUACGCGUGAGGAUGUGGUUGAGAUCCAGUGCCAUGGGAGUGAAGUCUGUCUGAAUCGUGUUCUCAGAGCUUGCUUAGGAGCUGGGGCCAGCUCAGCCGAACCAGGUGAGUUCACUCUCCGUGCCUUUCUCAAUGGGCGCUUGGACCUCUCACAGGCCGAAAAUGUUGGAAAGUUAAUCUCGGCCAAGACGGUGGCGGCCGCAGAUGCAGCACUUGCUGGAAUUCAGGGUGGCUUCUCUUCCUUGGUAAAAUCACUUAGAAUGCAGUGCAUCGAGUUACUUACUGAGAUUGAUGCCCGUUUAGAUUUUGAAGAUGAGAUGCCACCUCUAGAUGUUGAGCUAGUUGUGAGUAAAAUAACUUCUAUGUCACGAGAUGUUGAGCAGGCAUUGGAGACGGCCAACUAUGACAAGCUUUUGCAAUCUGGGUUGCAGAUAGCAAUUGUGGGUCGACCUAAUGUUGGAAAGUCAAGCCUUCUUAAUGCAUGGAGCAAAAGUGAUAGAGCAAUCGUAACAAAUAUUGCUGGGACCACUCGUGAUGUAGUCGAGGCAAGUGUUAGUGUCAAUGGCAUUCCAGCAGGCAUUAGGGAAACUGAUGACAUAGUGGAGAAGAUUGGCGUGGAGAGGUCUGAAGCGGCUGCUUUGGGUGCCGAUGUGAUUAUAAUGACAGUAAGUGCUCUUGAUGGGUGGACUUCAGAAGACUCCAGACUAUUAAACAGGAUUCAAUCCAACAAGAAAUUGACAGGAUCUUCCUCUCCAGUGGUCCUUGUCAUAAACAAAAUAGAUUGUGCUAAAUCUUUCCCUAGUAUCGAACAGAUUGGCGUUGAUGGAAACAUUUUCAGUAAGCAUGUUUUAAUGUGUGCUGUCACUGGACAAGGAAUACCAGAGCUGGAGAUGGCAAUAUCGGAGUUAGUUGGUCUCGACAAAGUCCUUAAAGGGGGUCGUAGAUGGACUGUGAACCAGAGACAAUGUGAGCAGCUUGUUCGAACCAAGGAAGCUUUUGUAAGGUUAAAAUUGUCGAUUGAAGAUCAAAUGCCUUUAGAUUUUUGGACAAUAGAUCUGAGAGAAGCGGCUUUGGCACUUGGGCAGAUAAGUGGAGAAGACAUUUCUGAAGAAGUCUUGUCCAACAUUUUUAGCAAGUUCUGUAUCGGUAAAUGAUCAAUUUUGAUAGCAUGCCAAUGUGAUAAUAUAACGUAAAGAGCCACAAUUUUGUUUCUUUUGUAAACUCCAGUUUUUCUUUUGUUCCAUAUUGAGAUGCUUGGUGACUCAUGUCAGCAAAUAUGUGUUA